CUUCACGUUUCUCCGAAAUAGCCAUAGUCGGAAGCAGAGGCCAGAGGCAGCCGGGCGCGGGUCAGUUUUCUUUCUGUUUUAUUACCUUAGACUCCAGGAAGAUGGACUGAGCCUGGUGACAUCGUGGAGUCUUUGCCUGGAGAAGCCCCUCAGAGGCUCCUGUGUAAACCCUUAAUUGGUUGCAUGAAUGCAGGGCCAAAGGGCUAGGUUUUGGGGGACUGGGGAGCAAGGUGGAAGGCCAGGUAGCCUCAGCCGCAACUCUGCCCUGAAGGAGUCUGAGGUGAGGUCAGAGGGUGCCCAGUGAGGGGGCUCACUGGUCAUUGAGUGCCAUGUGGGAAAAGGCCAGUUGGGAAGAAGGAGUGCAGGGUCCUUUGGAGCCCAUCUGGGUGAGGUGGGGGUGCCAUCACCACCUUCCAGGGUCAUCCCUCAGCUGCAUGAGCUGGGGGGGGGGUGGUGCGGGUAGGCAGUCUUGCCAUACCUGUAAGGCUGGCUUUGGCUAGAAACACUCCAGCCUGGGCACUCGCAGAAAGCUUGGCAGUUACUCAUUGCCUGAUUUGAUUCAGGCCAGCCAGAUUGUUGUAACUUUUGGGUGACCCUGACGAAGACAAAGCCAGGACUCGGCCUUUGUAUGGCAGAGUCCCCGUUCCCGCGGGCGGGAGCCCUGCCCGCCUGGGGUACUCCGCCUAACUCAGAGGCUGCCUCACCCAUCCGCCUUUUGGUAUUCUGCCGCCUGACGGAUUUGGGGUCUCAUUCCCCCCUUGAACUGUGCCCAUUUUGGGGGGCUGUUUUCAGGCGGGAGUGAGCAGAGAGGGCACUCGAGGUUAACAAAGUCAGUGGCAGACAAAAGCUGGGAUUACCUGCCAGGAAUGAGGGUGCUGGGGAUUAGAGAACUACAGAAACAUGUGGUGGGUGCCCUCAAAUGUGCCAUGGCGAGUCACUUGAUUACACGUAUGUUAUUUAGUUAAAUUUGUGAAAAUUAUGAGAUGCUCACCAACCCGGUGAUAAACUCGCUCCCUCGCUAUUGGCUGGCCUGGUCACAUGGCCGCCAACUUUAUUCAGUUGACAGCAAGUAGGAGGGCCCUAUGGAAGGAGAAAAAAAGACAACACGAGAAAAAUUAGUAUUUUCUACCUUCUGAAAUUAAUGGCCAUGAGUUCGUAUAUGGUGAACUCCAAGUAUGUGGACCCCAAGUUCCCUCCGUGCGAGGAAUAUUUGCAGGGCGGCUACCUAGGCGAGCAGGGCGCCGACUACUACAGCGGUGGCGUGCAGGGUGCAGACUUCCAGCCCCCGGGGCUCUACCCACGGCCCGACUUCGGUGAGCAGACCUUCGGAGGCGGCGGCCCUGGGCCCGGCUCCGCGCUGCCCACACGGGGUCACGGGCAAGAAGCCAGUGGCCCCGGCGGCCACUACGGAGCCCCAGGAGAGCCGUGCCCCGCGCCCCCGGCGCCCCCGCCCGCGCCCCUGCCCAGCGCCCGGGCCUGCAGCCAGCCGGGCGGCCCCAAGCAGCCGCCCCCCGGGACGGCACUCAAGCAGCCCGCCGUGGUCUACCCGUGGAUGAAGAAGGUGCACGUGAAUUCGGUGAACCCCAACUACACUGGCGGGGAGCCCAAGCGGUCCCGGACGGCCUACACCCGGCAGCAAGUCCUAGAACUGGAAAAGGAAUUUCAUUUUAACAGCUGCUCCGGGCCAGCAUUUGCAGCCACUGGCCAAGGACCACCACACGGACCUGACGACCUUAUAGAAGAGGGGACCCUGGGCCCAUUCCUCCCUGCGCUCCUGGCUGAGCCGAAGCUGCGGGGGCAGGCCGGGCUUGCUGUCACCUCCCUGGGCUCUAAGGUACUGUGGGGUGGACCUAGGACACGUAGGCCGCCCUCGGACUAGGUUAGCAUCCUGCCCUAGGGCAGCCCCCUCCCUGGAGUGGGAUGGGGGUGGGAGGGGGGCGGGAUUCUCUAAGUACAUUAUCAUAUGGCAGGAGCUACUGAGAACCUAAACCUUGGCGAGUUAUUAAACUUAUGAAAAUCUCUGCUGUUGGAUUUUGAAUUUGCAAACGAAGGUUGGAUACUUUAUCCCAGCGUGAAUUUGAACAUCCUCCCCCACCCCACCCCUCCAGGGAUCUUUGUGGUUUAAUAAUGUGGGGGAGUUGAGGCAGAAGGUUGGCCACCCCUGUGCUAGGUGCUUUCAGUGGAAACAGGAGAGCUGGGCCAGGAUUUCUGAACUUUCUGGGUUAUCUGUCUAAUUUCCAGUGUGGAAAAAAGUAUUUUGCUCCCAGUGGCCCCAUGCCCAAAGAAAUGAGUCUAAGAAGAAAAGUGGAAACGGGUUAUUUUAUGUUUAGAUUAUAUUUGCUUAAAUAUUUAUUUGUUGGGGGAUGGGGUACAGAAAUAACUGACAUCUUAAUGCCACAAAUCUUAAGACAGUGAAAGGGGCUGAGUUUCAGGGAGAAGAACCAGAGAUGUGUGGACUAACUUCUGGGUCUAACUGGCAUUUUGAACUCCACCCCCUCCCCACUCCCCAGAUAUGUGUGUAGGGGGCCCUUAACCCUUUUAGAGGGAAGCAAAGGGUCCACUCAAAGUUGAGUUCUUGAAAAUAUAUUUCCACAUGUGCUUUUUUCAGCACUGUGCUUACAACUAGUUCUGGGUGAUUAAAGAAAAGGGAAAAGAAAGAAACAAAUGGUCCAACAUUUUUCCUUCUGGGGAAAGAAAAC